AUGUGGCGGCGCGGGGCGCACGCCGACGCCGCGCACCAUCUCCCCACCGCGGGCCCGGGCGCGUCCUCCUCCUCCACCGCCGCCGCCGCCGCGGGCGCGGCCUCGGCGCGGAGACGGCGGCGCCCAGGGCUGCCGUGCCGCCCGAGCCACCUCUUCUUCGCGCUCCUCGUGGCGCUCUUCACCGCCUCCCUGCUAGUGGUCUGGCAGCUGCUCCCCAUCGGCGACGGCGACGGCGACGCAGCGGAGGGGGAGGACGGGGAGGCGCCGCCGCUCCUCGAGGGAGGCGAAGCCGGGGCGAUGCGGUUCUCGUCCUCCAGCCUAGUGCUGCGCGCGUUCGACGGCGAGAGCCGACUCGAGGCCGCGAGAUCCGAGCGGCGGCGGUGGGCCAGCCUCGCGCCCGUCAGGGUAGCGCUCGCUGUUGGAAAUAUGAACAUAGAUGCACAAUCUCUGAUGCUUGCAACUGUUGCGAAAAGUCUUGUGAGUCUGGGCUACGAAGUUGAGGUUUUAGCGUUUACAGAUGGGAAAGCUCGUGAUAUUUGGGAAAAUAUUUGCCCUGUAAGUAUUGUGAACGUUGGGACUUUGAAAUCUGUCGACUGGUCAAAGUACAAUGCUGUGCUAUUAAGCUCUCUCGAAGGGAAAAGGGUUGUUUCAAUUCUUAUGCAGGAACCUUUCCGGCUUUUACCAGUGGUUUGGCUUAUACAUGAAGAAACUCUUGGACAACAUCUUAGAAAUUAUGCAGAGUUACGUGAUUCCAUUCCAAAUGUCAUUGAAGAUUGGAGGACUCAUUUUAAUGCAUGCGCUUAUGUUGUUUUUCCAGAUAGCUACCUUCCUUUCUUGUACUCGUCUCUUGAUUCUGGAAACUUUUUGGUGAUUUCUGGUUCUCCAGUUGAUAUCUGGGCUGCUAAAAGAUUUGGUUCAUCACAUUCUGAAGAAACUAUAAGAAAGCAGCAUGGGAUUGAAAAAGGUGAUGUCGUUAUUUUGGUCGUUGGAAGCUACUUGUUCGUUGAUGAUUUGCCAUGGGAUUAUGUCACAGUCAUGCGUGCAUCAGCUCCACAAAUUUUGGAUAUAGCAAAAACUAAAAAUCUGACGGUGCAGUUUAUUUUUUUCUGUGGAAAUGGCUCUGAUGCCUACAAAUCCGCUUUCCAGGAACUUACCUCGCACAUGGGUUUACCUGAUGUCUCCAUAAAGCAAAUUUCCAUGACUCAUGAUAUUAGGAACCUGUUAAUGUUUGUGGAUGUUGUUCUCUAUGGAUCUUUAAGACAAGAGCCUGGCUUCCCUCCUUUGUUAUUGCGGUCCAUGUCCUCUGAAAUUCCAGUUGUUGCACCAAAUCUUACUGUUAUAACAAAAUAUGUCAGUGAUGGUGUCCAUGGCUUCCUUUUCGAUUCUGCCGACCCAAGCACGAUUUCUUCAGCUUUCAUACAAAUUUUAGGAGAAAAAAAGCUUUUGGAUACUGCCUAUUCUGUUGCUCUGGAAGGGAAGCUACUUUCCAAGAACAUGUUAGCACAUGAUUGUGUUAAAGCUCAUGUUAAGCUUCUUGAAAGUGUUAUUCAUUUUCCUUCAUAUGCAAAAUUGCCAUCUUCUGUUUCUGAAGUUCAAGAACGAACUUGGUUGUGGGAUCCUUUCGAGAUGAAAGCUGUACUAGAAAAUAGUUUGUUGGAAGAUGAAAGCCAUACCAGCACAAAGACUGUUGAUAUUCUUAGAGAAUUCCCUCAAAGUAACCAAACAACUUAUGCUGAUACCAAUGAUACUUCAUAUGAUUACCCUCGUUUGUCCGAUUGGUAUGACUUAAGUGAAAUUGAAAUCUUUGAAGACAUUGAGAGGAGAGAAAUGGAGGAGAUUGAUGAAAGAGUGGAAAGACCUUUGUUAUCAUGGGAUGAAGUGUACAAAAACGCUCGUAAAUCAGAAAGGCUAAAGCCAGAAGGAAAUGAACGUGACGAAGGUGAACUAGAAAGGACUGGGCAACCUGUGUGUAUAUAUGAGAUCUAUAGUGGAGAGGGGGCAUGGCCAUUUUUACACCAUGGAUCUUUGUAUCGUGGUGUUACACUUUCAAAAGGUGGAAGGCGACCGAGAUCAGAUGAUGUUGAUGCCGUUACCAGGCUUUCAGUUCUAGACAACCCAUACUAUCGAGAUCUUCUUUGUGAAUUUGGUGCUAUGUUUGCCAUUGCAAACAGAGUUGAUAAUGUACACAAGUUACCAUGGAUAGGUUUCCAGUCAUGGCGGGCUGCUGGAAGAAAGGUAUCCUUGUCUGAAAGUGCUGAAAAAACUUUAGAGGAAAUUACGUCUGGAGAAAGUAACGAGGAUGUUGUAUACUACUGGUCACCAAUGGAUAUGGACCAAACUUCUGACUUUUGGUUGACGUGUGAUUCUCUAAAUGCUGGCAAUUGCAGAUCUCUUUUUGAAGAUGCAUUUAGGACUAUGUAUGGAUUGCCAGAGAAUGUCAUGGCCCUUCCACCAAUGCCCAGUGAUGGCGAUCAUUGGUCUACUCUUCAUAGCUGGGUCAUGCCCACCCCAUCAUUUUUGAAAUUCAUCAUGUUCUCAAGAAUAUUUGUCGAUUCACUUCAUAGCUUGAAUGUGAAUAGUACUGAGCCAGCCUCUUGCUUCCUUGGGGCAUCAGAACCUGAGAGAAGGCACUGCUAUUGUCGAAUCCUGGAAGUCCUUGUAAAUGUCUGGGCUUAUCACAGUGGAAGGAAGAUGGUCUACCUUAACCCUUUCACUGGGGAUACCAGAGAGCAGCAUCUGCUCGAUAAAAGAAAUGGGAUGUGGGUAAAGUUCUUCGAUUUCACCCUUCUGAAGAGCAUGGAUGAGGAUCUGGCAGAAGAAGCUGAUGAUGGCAUGCAUCCUGGAAAUGAUCAAUGGCUGUGGCCAUUAACUGGUCAGGUGUUCUGGCCUGGCAUUGCUGACCGGGAAAGGGAGGAGAAAUAUAUUAAAAAGCUAGACAAAAAGCUCAAGAACAAGGUGAAGUUACUUGAAAGGCAGAAGUCUGGUUACAAGCAGAAGCCCUUGGGACAAUGA